CGACGCAUCGCAGAUAUAGAAGGUAUAUCUGAGAUCAGCUUUCUAAGCUCUAUCCACUGGCAUAAAUCUCCUUCCGAAUCGCCACUUCGACUAAGUGAACUUCCCUUGAUUUUUAAAGGCGAGACUAAACUAAGGCCUUCUAAUUACUGGGUGUUCAGGCCUAGUCACGGAAGGGCCACUGGGUUUUCUAUUUAUUUACAUCUAAAUGAUGACUGCUUCUCGUUAUCAUUCGUAUAGUGCUGCCGUUUGCCUGUCGUACUUUUCUUACGCUCGGUGUUUCGCAUGUCGCUUGGCCUGCUCCAGUACCAUGAACUGAUUAACUCUAUCAGUCUCCCACUUAUCGCGUAGAAGGUCUCCUAGUGAUAACUUCUCAGUUACUAUAUUUGCGGUCAUUGAAACUUCAACUCAUUAUUGUUUCGGUCAUUAAUUUACGUGUUGGUUCGGGUCCGGUUCAUCCAUUCCGCUGCUACUUGGGAAUAGCUUGUUAGGCUUGUUCAUUUUUUUAUUUCAUAAUCUCUUAUCUCGGAGUUCUGUUCUCUUCCCAGAAUCAGUCGG